GGAGCAGUUGAUUUGAUCAUCUGGGCCCUAUAAAUGUAAGGCAGAAUCCCAAUCCCAACAAUAGAGCAGAGCUGUUAUGCAUCAUACACAAAUGAGAAACAUGGCUUUCCUGAGUGCUUGUUUCAGUGUCAUGGCCAUGGUUUUGCUCACUUCCUCACUUUCCCUAGCUAACCCUGGCUACUAUUUUGGCUGGGGUGGCGACAAUGGUGGUGGUGGGGCUUUUAAUGGAGGGUAUUAUGGUCUUUUGCCAGAAUUCUACCAGUACUCAUGUCCACAAGCUAAUGACAUUGUCUUGUCUGUCUUGGAGAGAGCCAUUGCACAAGAGCCUAGAAUGGCUGCUUCUUUGCUUAGACUUCACUUCCAUGACUGCUUUGUGCAGGGCUGUGAUGCAUCAGUGUUGUUGGACGAUAGCGCAGCAAUCGUCAGUGAGAAACAAUCAAACCCAAACAGGAAUUCAAUCCGUGGAUUUGAAGUGAUCGACGAGAUCAAGGCCAGAUUGGAGGAGGCAUGCCCUCAGACAGUUUCCUGCGCAGACAUUCUUGCACUUGCAGCCAGAGGCUCCACUGUACUGAGUGGUGGACCUAGCUGGGAGCUUCCAUUGGGAAGGAGAGAUUCAAAGACAGCAAGCCUGAGAGACUCAAACAGAAACAUUGCCCCACCAAACUCAACCCUCCAAAACCUGAUAACAUCCUUCCAACAUCAAGGGCUCGAUGAAACAGACCUGGUUGCACUCUCAGGGGGUCACACUAUUGGGAUGGCCAGAUGUGUGACCUUUAAGCAGAGGCUUUACAACCAGAACGGAAACAACCAACCAGACGAGACACUCGAAAAGAACUUCUACUACGGUUUGACGUCAGUCUGCCCAAGCUCCGGGGGCGAUAACAACAUCUCCCCCUUGGAUUUCAUCUCUCCUUCCAAAUUUGACAACUACUACUUCAAACUGAUCUUGUGGGGGAAAGGUCUUCUCAAUUCAGAUGAAGUGCUGCUGACAGGGAACGGCUUCAAUACUAUGGGUUUGGUCAAGAGCUACGCAGAAGAUGAAGGUCUCUUCUUCAACCAGUUUGCAAAAUCGAUGGUUAAAAUGGGGAACAUCAGUCCCCUCACCGGCUACAAUGGAGAAGUUCGGAAGAACUGCCGUCGGGUGAAUUAAGAAGUUUCAGAUAACAUGUGUUGGCUUCUGUUUUCUGUUUUAUGUCUUAACAUGAAUGACUUCUGGGUGUGUUAGUUGUACUGUUUAUCAAUGGAAAUGGAUUUUGUAAUCUAUAUUGUUGCUACUGCUGUAGAUGAUCUUCUUGUAUCA